ACAAUUCCGAUUGUGACAAAAAGGCCUUCCAACGCCAUAAAAGUGAUAAGUUUUUUUUUUCUUCUUUGAGGUCCAAGGGUUUCCAGAUUAUUGAAAGGCGAUUUUGAUUUUUGUUGCUGUUCAAUCGAUUUCAGCUGACUUGUGUUUUUAAAUGCACUUAACAGUAACUUGAGCUAUGGGAAAGAGGAAGGCAAAAUCAAAGCCACCUCCAAAGAAGAGGAUGGACAAACUUGAUACUGUUUUCAGCUGUCCUUUCUGUAGCCAUGGCACCAGCGUGGAAUGUCGCAUUGAUAUGAAAAACUUGAUUGGUGAGGCAAAUUGCAGAAUCUGCCAAGAGAGCUUCAGUACCACUGUCACAGCGCUAACAGAACCUAUUGAUAUAUAUAGUGAAUGGAUUGACGAGUGUGAACGAGUCAACAACUAUGAAGAAGAAGAUGUUUCUUAUAGAUCCUGAUGAACUGCUCAGGACUGUGAGUAGACCGUUGGCAAUAGUUCUGUCUCACUGCCUCAGAUGAACGUGAAACUUAUCCAGGCCUCGCUGGAGUCUAAUAAUAAGUAACUCCAUUUAAGAGGCUUUCUAUGUCUAAAUAGUUUGAAAUAGACGCAGAACCUAUCUUGUUUAUAUUCUGCUUGUGCAAGUACAACUGUUUCUAUGAAAUUGGAUUAACGACGUAUCUACCUAAUGUCAAGUAGUUUUAUUUCUCCCAUUA